GCUUCCUGUGGGGCGCUGCCUGUGGCCUGCCCGUAGCAAAGAUGGCGGCGGCUUCCGGGCCUGCCGGGGUGUCCGGUGGGGCGGCGGGCAGGGUGCUGUGCUGAGCGCGGCGGCGCGGCAGGGUGGCCGCGGACGAUGGCGGCCGCCGAGAGCUCCCUUAGCAUCGUCGAGUACUUCGGGGGAGAGGAUGGCUACCGCUGCGGCUACUGCAAGAACGAGACCGGCAACCUCUCCCAUGGUGCCGGCGGAGCGGGGGGUAUGUGGGCACAUUCAAUGACCAUUCAAGAUUACCAGGAUCUCAUAGACAGAGGAUGGCGAAGAAGUGGAAAAUAUGUCUACAAACCCAUCAUGAAUCAAACAUGUUGUCCUCAAUAUACAAUAAGAUGCCAGGCUUUGCAUUUUCAGACCUCCAAAUCUCACAAGAAAGUUCUGAAAAAAAUGUUGAAAUUUAUUUCUAAAGGAGAUGUUUCAAAAGUGAUGGGUGGAGAAGAACCUAUGGAUUCCCAUAUAGAGGAUGUAGUUGCAUGCAAUUAUGAAUUCAGAAGUGAAUCUCAUGUAAGUCAGGCUGAAUUGACGCCCUUGAGUGUGGAUCACGCAGAGAGUGUGGAGACUGAAGACAAGGACAAAGAACAAAUGGAAGAAGAGGUGAACGUGAAGAAGGUGGAAUCAGGUUCCCUUCAGAUCCAUGUAGCUAAAGACACUCCAGUCCCUGGAGAACCAUCACAUUCAACUAAAAUUGUUCCUGCAUUGCCCAAGCCAGGCAAAGGGGCUGAUCUGAGCAAGCCACCCUGUCGAAAAGCAAAGGACAUACGGAAAGAAAGAAAAUUGCAGAAACUCCUUCAGAACCAGAUGUGCACAUGUGAAGGCUCUCCACUUCAAGCAGGGGAUCAAGUUUUACUCUUGCAAAACUCUAAAUCUAAAACAAAUCAACCUAAAACCAUUGAAGACUUCAUUUUUGCCUCUUUACCUGAUGAUGCAGCACACAAGUUAGAGGUGAGGGUGGUGAGAUCAUCUCCACCAAGUUCACAGUUCAAAGCCACAUUUCAGGAGUCUUACCAGGUCUAUAAACGUUACCAGAUGGUUAUUCACAAGGACCCACCUGAUAAACCAACUAUAAAUCAGGUGAGGUUAGUACCUGUCUCCUUUGAGGACCCACAGUUCAAAUCAUCCUUCAGCCAAUCAGCCGCUUUAUUUGCCAAGUAUCAGAUGGCUAUACACAAGGAUGCGCCUUCUGACUGUGGUGAAAAUGAGUUCACACGAUUCCUCUGUGAUUCCCCACUUGAGGCAGAGAAUCUUCCAAAUGGACCAGAUUGUGGCUAUGGUUCUUUUCACCAGCAGUAUUGGCUAGACGGGAAGAUAAUUGCUGUAGGAGUAGUCGACGUCCUUCCCUACUGCGUGUCCUCUGUGUAUCUGUACUAUGAUCCAGACUAUUCUUUCUUAUCUUUGGGAGUCUACUCUGCAUUACGGGAAAUUGCUUUUACUAGGCAACUCCAUGAAAAAGCUCCUGAUCUCUGUUUUUAUUAUAUGGGUUUCUACAUUCAUUCAUGCCCUAAAAUGAGAUACAAGUCUUUCAGGCCUAGCUAUAUACACACAUGGCGCACACAUGAGCGACUGCCGACCGUCGGAAGCACAAAUGGAUUCAGAUGUUCAGCUCUUUGUCUCUGCUGGUUCUGGCUCACCUCGCUGGCUCAGGGUGGCAUAGUCCAAACACCGUUUGUGAAAGCAGAGCAGUUAGAGUUACUUGCAAAGGACUCUCCUGGGGGUUCGAUAAAGUCGAUUUCUGUUUAUGUAAUGAAAUCAGGGAGCAAGGGUCUGCUGUAGUACUUUGCUGAUGGGAUUCCACUGGUGUUGUCUUUCAGUGAAAAGACUGAAUUUAAUAAACCUUUAGUCUGACACACUCUUUCUCAUGUUCUGCUGCCCAGCUUUAAUGGAUUGCUGUUGAUAAUUUGGGGGGUUAUUUUGUUUACGUAGUCUGAGAGCUGCUUUUUAAGCAGCUGGCUAGAAACUGAGAUGAAGGAAAUCUUAAUUCACUUUUAUUAAAAGAUCAAUAGGUUUAUUGUGAAAAAUAGAAUACAGAUGUAAACUGUACUCAAUAAAAGAAUUAAAUGUGUGUUUAACCUUCCUUUUUUGUUUGUUCAGUGCUACUGGUACUUGACCUCCUUUGUUUUUGAGACUGUUCUCUUUCUUGGUACUUCUAUGUUUUAAAUUUUACUUAGAUUACAAAAACAAACUUUGCUGAUGUUUUUCAUCUCAAAUGCUUACCAAAUCCCUCAGAUUUUGCAAAAUAUUUUAAAAGUAAUCUCCAGACUAAAUUCUUAGUGAAAACUUUGCCCUUGCUUUGGGAUGAAAGUUCAGAGAAGUUCUGAUUGAUUUUUAUUUGGAAAUUGUGAAAGAAAAAAUAUCAUAGUGUGAAGUAUUAAUUUAGGCUUGGCAACCUCACUGUAAAACUUAUUUCCAAAUGUUUCCAAUUAAAAUGCAGCAUGUCUAACAGUAUGAGUGAAAGCACCUUAAAUAUUUUUUCCUAUUUAUAUUAUGUCAGAGGAAGAAUGCCCCAAACAGUAGUGAAAAUAAAAAUCUUUGAGUUUUUUUUAUUAAAGUCAUGUUUGUAUUGCAGUGAGGUGGUUUAGUAGAAGAAAUCACACUAUCAGGUUUUUCUUAGCUAUGUUAAUUUUCAGUAUUGCUAUUAAAACAAGCUAGUUGAUAGGUUAUUUAGAAAUACUUAUCAAAAUGCUAUUUUUUCUUUUAGUUUAUUUUUAAUUAGGGAUACCUCUCAUGUAUGUAGUUUUUUAGGAAGAGUGAAGCGCUAGUGUUACUACUAGAAUUUUGAGACAAAUCAUAAAAGUUUUGUGGUUCAAAAUGUUGGAGAAGGCUCUCAUCUUAUUAAUCAGUGUAGAUAAAUGUAAAUUGAUGUACCUUAAAUUUAUCUAUAAACAAUCAUUUCUGAGUGGAGUGUUACCCUUCAGGGAUGAUAUGUUAGGAUUACUUUAGAUACUUCCUUGAAAGUGUCAGCUCAGUUCUAAGUAGCGGUCAAAACAGUAAAUCAAAUAUUGGGAAUUACUAAGGAAAGAAUAGUGAAUAAAAAGGCAUCAUUAUGCUACUACAUGAAUCCUGUGUGCUCUUCUGCAUCUCGAACAAUGUAGUUUUAAUGUUUUCCCCCUUUGGCCAUUCCUGUUUUUUCAAAGGAGAUAAAGCAAAGUUGGAAAAAGGACAGGAUGACUAGGAUGAUAAAAAGUAUGAAAUGAUUUCCAAAGGAGAACAAGUAAAGAAUUUAGGUCACCUUAGGCUGAGGGAGAUAUGAUAAAGGUCUGUAAAAUCAUGGGUAGUGUGAAGAAGGUGAUGUGGGAAUGACUGUUCACUGCAUUUUCCUAGCAAAAGAAAUAAAGGCCAGCAAAUGGAACUACAGGUUCUUGCAGAUCUGAAGUAAAGAAAAGCAGUCAUUUUUGACCCAAGUCAUUAAACUCUAGAACUUCUUGCCUCAGAAAUUCAUGAAUAUUUAAGUUUUCAUGUGUUUAAAAAGUGACUUGACCAAGAAAAAUUCAUUUAGGAUUAUUAAAUGGCUGGUGAAACGCAUUAUUAUUGAAGUUGUUUUAUGGUUGUGGAAGUAUCUGUAUUACAACUUAUUCGAGGUCAAGAGAAUAUUGAUGGAGUGACAAUAUAUGCUUGCACCAUUCUAAUAAUCUUCACUGAGUAUUUUCUAUUGACCACUGUCAGAGAGAGAAUAUUUGGCUGUAUCGUAGACAUCUGGUGUGACCUACAGUGGCUGUUCUCAUGUUAUAACAGCCCAAAAAGUGUUGAUCUUCUGUCUCAAGAAGGGUAUUUGUGGAUGUCCCUGAAUUUUAGGCAGAUAGGGUCAACAGUAAUGAAAUUUUAGGUAAGUAUAUUUUUAAUAUCCAAAAACAUUUCAGAAUAGCACAUCAUAUGUCCUGCUGAGCAUUUCUCUACUAAGUGUAUUGCAGAAACACUGGGAGAAGUAUGUGCAGUUGUUGUAUAUUGACAUAGCUUGUUUCAUCAGCAGGUGGCAUUGGAUUUAAGAAGCUGAAACAUAAGACAAGUGGUCAGGGUUGAUCUGUAAGAUGAUACUUUUUGUUGAAAGUCUUGUAGUUAAUGAUUCCCAAGAUGUUCUGUACUUUAUAAUCAGUGCUACUGUGCAAGAACUCUUAAAUUGUGAGAUAAAGGAAAGUAAAAUGUUUUCAGCUGUGGUUUUUACUGUAGACUGAAUUAUUUCUGAAAUGUCUUCUAAUUUAAUAUGAAGCUGAAGAGAAAUAAUUUUCAAAAAUAGUAUUGGAAAUCUGAAUUUCUCCUACUGUGACAGUUAUCUCUGAGGUUAGCUCUGCAUUAGUUUUCUUCUAGAGAUCCCCUUUCUCUUUUGGAUUUAUGUUGGGUUUAUUCUCAAUAUUACUGGUUUGCAGCGUAUGGAUAGUACACUUAGAGGCAAUUAUUUUAGAUGACACAAUCAUUUUAGGGGACAUAAUGAAGUUUGAAUGUGUGCCUUUUUCUUAAAGUACAAAUACUCCUGUAUGUGAGGCAUAAUCUGUCUGGAUUCUGUGAGAUGCACAAUUUUUUCGCAGCCCAGGAAUAAGGGAAUAGGAAGAAAAGAGGAAUUCAUGGUUGAUUGUUUUCAUAUUGAGUCGUUGUGAUUUUUAAGCAAGAAAGAAAAUUGGGAGCAAGUCCUUUAGAUAAAUCCCUUUUUGGAUUUGCCUUUUUAAGUUGUAUCACUGUAAAUACAGCACCAACACUGUUCAUUGGGAAACUCAAAUAUGUGUGUCUCCAUAUUCCCACUUCCUCCACUGAACAAUGCACGGGAUUUGGGUUUAACCAGUAGAGCAAAUAGCAUACCUUCCGAGGGAGAAAAAAGCCUUACCUUUAUUUUUAAAAGUAUUCCCAAAUAUACUAAAGUGACGAUAUUGAAAAGCAUCAAUGGCUUGUUUAAUUUUUGCUUCUAAUAUUUUGUAUCACAGCUCAGUGAUACCUCUUUCAUAUAAGCCAUCACCUCAGUUCACACAUCUGCAGUGAAGUUUAUUAGUAAGACCCUAAAUCUCAGGGGAAGAAGAAAUCUAAAGAAAACCACCUCAGAACUGUUUCCUCUUUUCUUCCAUCUAAACACAGAAAUUUAAUGUAGUAUAGUAGAGACUUUUCUGUGAGCAUUAGAUGAAUCUCAUAAUACUUUGAGAAUAAAAUUUUUCAUAUAGCAACAAAAGAAUAUAGGAUCAUGUAAUUCCUGUUCAAAUGAAGCAAUUAUCUGCCUUCAAUAGUAGGAAUCUGAGUAAUUUUCUUCUGAUCUCAAAAAAUUCAACCAGUCACUUCAGAAAAUGAAUAAGGAGCUUUUACAUAUGAUAGACUAAAAUAUUCUGUUGCCUGUAUACUUUCAUGAGAUUCAUGGAAACAUGUUUUGACUGUCAUGCCUGUGGAUAUACAUGGAAAUUCCACUUCAAAGAGGGAUUGUAGCUCUUGAAGUAAAAAUGUUUUGCUGUCAUUGCAUGUUAGCUGGCACAAUAUAAAUGUGAAGCUGAAUUAGGUCUUUAGUCAUAAAAUGUUUGAAAUUAGAAGGUUUAAUGAAUUACAAAACUAGUAUCUCAGUCAAUUUCAGAAAUAUCAAAUACAUGUAAUUAACUGGCUUUGAAUGGAUGUCACUGAAAUCUUAUGAACCACUAGAAUGUUUUCUUAUUAUGACUUUGAAAAAAUACAAAAUCUGUGAUAGUCCAGUAUGAGAUUGUGCUUUAUAGUGAAUAUAGCAAAAUGAUACCUGUGAUGACGUUGUAAGAAUUGGCCAGAGUUACUGUUAUUUUUAUGGUUUACUAUCAUGAUUAUAUAUCUUUAAUUAGCCCAAGACCCCCAAAGUAGACAGUGGAUCUGCUGUGAUGGAUUGGAUAACAAUUUUUUCCCAUUACCACUUUACUGUGUACAAAAGAAUACAGUUUUUGUUGUGAUCUAUCGAUGUUAGAACGCUGUUAAUUUUAGACAUUACAUUUUAUGACAGAAUACAACAUCAUAGAAGUAAUUAGGAAAUUUAAAAUAGGGCUGCAUAGUGAUAAGAUUUUCAAGUGUUGGAUUCACAAACGUGAUGUGUUUUAAGAUCUAGGGGCAGUACCUUCUAGUAAAACUGUAGGUGACUGAACAAUCUUUUAGUUAUGAGUAUAACCAUGUUACUAGGCAUGUGGCUAAACUGCCACCUUAUACUUUUUGUAUCUAAGCAACAGCUUUGAAAGAUGUUUACUUGGCUCUUUCCAACUUCUUGACCUGUUGAGAAAAAUAGAUUGAAUUCACAAGUAAUUAUCUUUUAAUAGUUUUUUUUUGUCUGACCGAAAAGGCAUAUUGUUUCCCAAACCCUUAAAUUGUUUCAUCUGAGUAAUAGUGACUUAAAUUGUUCUUUAAGCAUUACAUUCACUUACCUUUCAGCUAUUUCUGUUUAGAAGGCAUAACGUUUCAAAGUGGUUUAUUUAAUAAAUCCAUUUCCAUUCUCUGUCUUGAGAAAAUUUCCUAAAGCUUUGAGAUUUAAGCUUAUGCAUGGAAUUAGAGGAAUAUUGUUUUAAUUUAAUACAGAAAUUUGCAUUAAAAAAACCCCACAGUAGUUACAGGUUGAUCCUGAAUGUGUAUCAAAGGAGAAAAUCAGAGUCAUAUAGUGAGCCUAUUCUUUCACUGUGCAGUGACUGUUUGCGGAAAGCCCUCCUAAAUGAAAAAUAAAUGCAAAUAGUCAUCGUAAUCUAGCAAUAGGCAUUCAUUGUUAAAGCUAUCUUUCAAAAAGAUACACAAUAAAGUGAUGGGUGACUGGAGAGAAUAGAGUUACUUGUGGAUUAGAAUUGGCCAUAGUUCAGUGCUGAAAAAGGGAAAUGCUUUGGAGUAUCUAAACUGUGAGCCUGACUGGCUAGACAGGCAUUUCAGAAAGACGCAACAGGCAUCUGAUAAGGUUUGUCAUGAACUGGUUAGGCCAUCUGAUUUUUUUUUUUUUUUAACCUUAAUCUUACUCAUCUUAUGAAAGUUUUUUGUUUAGUAUUUUGUAUGGAUAGUUGUGAUUUACUUUUUAUUGGAUAUAAUUUAUAGAUUUCUGACUCAGAUGUUAAACUUGGUAGGAAAUACAUAAUAAGUAAUUCUUUCACUGUAAACAUUGUCAAGAACUGAACAGUAAGUAAAUAGAAAGGAUUUGGAAUAUCUGUCAGAAUUCAGGAAAUGAUUCUUCUGAUCCUCCAAGAUCAUAUGCAUUGCUGCAUAAAGCUGUGUGUAUAAAUGAAGAAUAGCAGAGCUUGUGAAUGCGACUUUUUAAAACAUAUUUUUAUCACCAUACCAUAGUCACAAUAAUUGUAAGUUCCUUCUCAAGCCUCAGUCAGGGUCAUUCGCACUAUAUGGCUAUGGAGGUUGAGAGGGUAUGAAUUAAAUGAAUAACGGCUCAAGGGUGUAUUUUUAGCGGAAAUUGUAGGCCUGUGAAUAAUCUUUUUUUGAAUCAACUGAAGAUCUGAUAAGAGGAGGUCAUUAUCACUGAGCUAGUUAUUCUUUCUGUAGUUCAUGAGAAAGUAAAUAUUACUGUUUAGUUUCUGUGAAUGUCUGCAAAGAUUAUCUUUUUAAUAAAUCAACAAAAAAAGUAAAAUUUCACUAAUCAUAAGCUAUUCUAGGAUAACUCCAUGAAUUGAAAGAAAAUAAUACUGUUUAAGGGGCAGUGACCAUUACUAGUGCAGUAAAAAUAGUAUGCUACUUAUUAUUGUGGGUUUUUUCCUGUUAGAAAGAUUUUUUUGUCUCCAUUAUUUGCUAGAAUGAAUAACAUUUGAGACAAGCUGCUUUCUGAAGUGCUGAGUUUUUUAGUGUCAGCACCAACUCAGUAGAAUUCUAGACAGUAACUUAAGUAUAGAAUUUCAGUAAGCAAAGCCAAAACUUUUCUAAUUCAUCUUGGACACUAUAAAAUGUGUUAUGUUGAUUUUACAUGUUUUUUUUAAGUUAAGGUUACCUUUGUAUCCCUGAUGUGAUGCAGAAAUUACUAAAGGACAGAUCCUGUGUUUACAGUGAAGCUGUUUCUGGCUCAUUUUGUUUAGUCUUGAUUAAAACCAUUCCUUGUCUAUAGGAAAAUCUGGAAAUGUGUAACCAGAGUGUUUUUGUGCAACUGAUACGACUUCUUUUUUCUUUUCAUUUUUUUUUCCCCUUUUCCCUUUCCCGUUUCUAGGGUCAGUAUAGGCCCUCUGACUUAUUGUGUCCCGAGACAUAUGUC